AAUUAACAAUUAUCAAAUUAACAAAUUAUUUAUUUCAUUGGUGCUGAAAACAAGAUGGCAGCGUAUAAAUUAAUUUUAUUUAUAUGUUUGUGUACAAACUCAAGAGUAUUCAGUGCACCAUCAGUAUCUGAAGCGGAAACCAAUGGACUUAAUAGUGCUGAGUUUUUCAAACGAAGUCCUCGUGAAUCGCAAUCUAUUGAUGGUGAAAAGAGUCGUGAUUUAAUUAUACGCUUACAAACACUUUUAACUCUACUACAACUGAGACCAUCACAAAGCUUAGGAGGAGUAUCACCAGGUCAAAAUGUUCAAUCACAACCACAAGGCGAAUUAGUUAUUAAGCUUCCAUUAGCUACACCUUCUUGCUACGCACAACACUUUAUCCAAAAUCCAGAACUUAUUGUUCUAUUCCAUCGUGUAGUAGAAAUCUGCGGUGGUGAUCCAAAUUUACUAUUAGUUGGCUUAGAUCAAGCAUCACAAAAUGUCAAUAAUGGUGGACUCUUAGGAGGUUUAGGUGGAUUGUUAGGAGGUGGAAAUGGUGGUGGUUUAUUAGGAGGUUUAGGAGGUCUUUUGGGUGGAGGACAAGGUGGAGGCCAAGGUGGUUUACUUGGCGGUUUGGGUGGCUUAUUAGGAAGUGGUUCACAAGGAGGUUUACUUGGAGGUCUAGGUGGAUUAUUAGGAUCUGGUAACCAAGGCGGUUUACUCGGUGGACUCGGGGGAUUAUUAGGUGGAAAUCCUUCAGGAGGAUUACUUGGCGGUCUUGGUGGACUAUUAGGCGGUAACCGAGGCCAAUAUGGAAAUGGAGGAUUACUUGGUGGUCUUGGUGGAUUAUUAGGAGGACAAUCAGGUCAAGGUGGUUUACUUCCUGGUCUUGGCGGAUUAUUAGGAGGGCAAUCAGGUCAAGGUGGUUUACUUCCUGGUCUUGGCGGAUUAUUAGGAGGACAAUCAGGUCAAAGUGGUUUACUUCCUGGUCUUGGAGGAUUACUUGGUGGUAACGGAAAACAGAGCGGACAAUCAGGUUCGUAUUCCAGAGGCGAAAGUGAAACGUAUAGUAAUGAAGAAGAUUGUGAUGAAGAAAAUUUAGCAUCAGAUAACGUUGGUAAUGGUCUAUUAAGUGGUGUACUUGGUGGUGGAUCAGAAGGGGGUCUUCUAGGUGGGGUUCUUGGCGGUGGCCAAUCAGGUGGUGGUCUUUUAAGUGGUGUUCUCGGUGGCGGCAGUGGAGGACAAUCUAGUGGAUUGCUUGGUGGUGUUUUAGGAGGCGGAGGUGGCGGUUUAGUUAGCGGUCUAACUGGAGGUUUAACUAGUGGCAUAACCAGUGGAAUAGUCAAUGGAGUUGCUGGUGGUGUAAUUAAUAGCGUUGAAAGUACAGUUAAUAAUCUUCCUAUUGUAGGCAACUUGUUACGAAGACAUGCGAAUGAAGCUGCAUCUAAAGAAAUGGAAAAUACAGCAACCAAUACUGAAUACACAAUCGAUUCAAUGGAAAUGCAAACAAUGCGUCCAAAAAUGAUGAAUCAACAAAAUGAAAUGUCACACAAAGUUCUAACAAAUAUGAUCCAACGGAAUGAACAACAACGGCAAGAUGAAAUGCACAUGAUGAUGAAUCAAGAUAUGCAAACGAAUCAAGAAAUGAAAACACAAGAUAUGCAAAAUUACGAUAUGAAUGGAUUCACAGACGAGAACACAUUAGACAAACAAAAACCAAAACGUAAAUAUCGUCGCAGGAAAUAUAAAAUUGUCGAUGCACCAAAAGAUUUAGACAUUGAAACACAGAUACAAACCAACACAGAUGAUCUAUUUGAAACAGCACCAUCACAAUAUGUAAAAACAAUUGAUAAUAAUGGAUUCAGAAAUAAUGGAUUUAAUGCUAAACAACAAUUUGAAAGUAAUGAAAAACAACGUCAAAUUGAUGAAUACUUUUAUUAA